AUGAAGAAAUCCGAAGAAGAAUUUACACUUCUAGAGGAUCACGUUAGCGAUUCCGUGGAUCACCGUGGACUUCCCGCCAGAAAAUCUUCCACCGGCGGAUGGAGAUCCGCCUGGUUCAUUAUAGGUGUGGAAGUUGGAGAGAGAUUCGCUUACUUUGGGAUUGCAUGCAACUUGAUUACUUACCUCACCGGACCUCUCGGACAAUCCACGGCGACCGCCGCCGUGAAUGUUAACACAUGGUCGGGAACCGCCUCCAUACUUCCUAUUUUAGGAGCUUCCGUAGCAGACGCUUAUCUCGGUCGUUACCGGACAAUUCUUGUAGCUUCUCUCAUCUACAUACUGGGUCUUGGACUAUUAACGUUAUCAGCUUCCUUUAUCAUAAUUGGAUUAGCUGAGCAAAGUAACGACGUUUCUGCUAAACCGUCUUAUUGGGUGAAUAUACUUUUCUUCUGUUCUCUGUAUUUGGUGGCGAUCGGACAAGGAGGACACAAGCCAUGUGUUCAAGCGUUUGGUGCGGACCAAUUCGAUUCAGAAGAUCCAAAGGAAGUAAUAUCAAGAGGAUCGUUUUUCAAUUGGUGGUUCUUGAGUUUAUCUGCUGGAAUCAGUUUAUCGAUCAUAGUGGUUGCGUAUGUGCAAGAUAGUGUUAAUUGGGCGUUUGGGUUUGGAAUCCCUUGCUUGUUCAUGGUUAUGGCUCUUGUUAUCUUCUUGCUCGGAAGAAAAAGUUAUCGAUACCCUAAAGGAAACCGAGAGGAGAAUAGUAGUAACGCUUUUGCUAGAAUCGGUAGGGUUUUCGUCACGGCUUUUAAGAACCGGAAACUGAGUUUAGAGCAUUCGGGUUUGGGUCAAGGUCUGUUGGAAGAUGGUCCGUCCGAGACACGUAAUGGCCGGCUAGAUUUCCUCGCUAAAGCGAUGAUCUCAGGAGAAGAAGAUAGAGAGCCAUGUAGUGGUAGGGAUGUGGAAGACGCCAAGGCUUUGGUAAGGCUUAUUCCGAUAUGGAUCACGACGGUGGUGAGUACGAUUCCUUAUGCACAAUUCAUGACUUUCUUCACUAAGCAAGGCGUUACGGUGGAUAGGCAAAUCUUGCCGGGCUUGGAAAUCCCUCCGGCUUCUUUAUUGUCAUUCAUCGGUGUAUCGAUUCUUGUCUCGGUCCCGAUCUAUGAGCAUGUUUUCCUCCCGUUAGCCAGGAUGAUCACCAAGAAGCCUUUCGGGAUCACAAUGCUCCAGAGGAUAGGUGUCGGAAUGGUGCUUUCAAGCUUCAAUAUGGUGCUCGCGGCAUUGGUGGAAGCCAAACGGUUGGAGAUCGCUAAGGAACACGGACUCUUGGACAAGCCGGACGUGACCGUGCCAAUGUCUAUAUGGUGGUUUGUUCCUCAGUAUUUGCUUCUAGGGAUGAUUGAUGUGUUCUCACUUGUGGGAACACAAGAAUUCUUCUACGACCAAGUCCCAACAGAGCUGAGGAGUAUCGGUCUUGCGCUUUCGUUGAGUGCGAUGGGUCUUUCGAGCUUCUUGAGCGGUUUGCUCAUCACUGUGAUUGAAUGGGCCACAGGAAGAGAUGGUGGGGAAAGCUGGUUCAACACUAACCUAAACCGAGCCCAUGUCGAUUACUUUUACUGUAUGCUCGCUGCUUUCACGGCUUUUGCUUUCUUUGCGUUCUUGUUCAUCUCCAAGUUGUAUGUGUAUCGUCGGGUAGACCAAGUCUAA